GACACAAUUCGGUGGCUUUUUAUAGCCACUAUCGUCGGCCUUCAUUACAUACAGAACGAGGAGAAAUGAAUUAGAAAUAUUGAUUAUUGAACCAGUGGCAAAUAGAAUAACGCUGAAUAUUACUAUUAACAUCAACAUGGCGAACAAACUGAAGGAGCCAGAUUGGGUGAGGUCUUUCAAAAUGGCACACAGGAUCCCUAUUCAACAGGACGAUCUAAGUUUCGAAGAACGACAGAGCAAAGUGUGGGAGGAUAUGGAAAAAGAUAUGGAGAGGAGGCGCAAAGAAUGGGAAAAUGAGAUAGAGAAUAUGAGGGGCGGAUUCUUUAAUCUGCGUCCGAGCAGCAACGGGAAGAUGGAGGCAUUGACGGACAAACUGGGUGGCUCGGACGACGCUAAAACAGCAAUAGAAAACGAUCAGUUUGGGAGACCUGUCUUUAGGGCUCGUUUUAUUGUCAGUGACUAUAAACCAGAGGAAGUCAGUGUGAAAAUGGAUGCACAUAAACUUAUUGUCAACGCAAAGCAUGAAGAAAAAGGCGGUCAACGAUCUGUUUCUCGUGAGUACAGUCGCGAAAUCAAUAUUCCAAACGAAAUCGAUCCCAUGGCAUUGCACUGCACUAUUUCAUCUGAUGGUGUGCUUACUGCAGAGGCACCGAUGCCGGUACCAAAUUAUGCACCUAUAACAGACAACAGCGGCACACAGAGGAUAGUGCAGAACGUCAGCUCGACUGUGUCCAGUCCUCCUCCCAGGGGCACGCCACCAUUGGGUGUCCAAGUACAAAACGCACCACCAACAACACACACGUCCACUUUCACUACCUUCAUGUCGCCAAAGAGUGGUACUUCUUCCCCACCACAACAACAAUAUUCCGGAAGUACACCGCAAUAUCCCGGAAGUUCACAACAAUAUCCUGGAAGUACAUCACAACCUCAGUUUUCCAGUAGUGUACCACCACAACCGUAUCCCGGGGGUCCCGGCACUGCACAUGUAUCUAACACGAACAAUCUUCAGCGCACUUACUCGGCACCCCCCUCACAUGUGACAUCCUCAUCAACCACAACUAAAUAUGAAUCUCGUGGCGGUUCUCAAUCUCCUGCAACAAUGGAUAGGGAGAAAAGGUAUCGAGUGGAGAUAGAUAUUGAAGAUUUCAGUCCGGAUGAUUUAAACGUGAAAACGUUAGACAAAAAACUUUUAAUCAGUGCCAGAAGAGAGGAGAGAAUAGGCUCUCGAACCUCCACCAAGGAAUUAAACCGAGAAUUUACUCUACCCGACACAGUGGACCCCAUGUCAAUAAAAGCCUUUUUUUCGGAUUCCGGAAAACUCCUGGUGGAAGCACCUUAUAUGAGAUCCAUAGCAGUAGGGCAUUUUUCCGAAGGAAGGGAAGGUAGUCCCCAUUUUGGAAUGGGUUCCCCCUUUUCUGGCAGAUGACUUUAAAAAUGCACAAAUUUCCAUUUAGCAUAAUGAAAAAACUAACGUUCUAAAUACAAAACUGUUCAAUGUAGGCGAUAAUAUGCUCUCGUGUACAUCAUGGAAUAAGUGAUUGGAUCGGACAUGCUGAUAUUAUAUACAUAUGUGACAGCUAUGCGUGUUAAAUUAUUACUCGGUUUCAUUUGUUGAGGAUAAUAUAGCAAAGAUCAAUAUUAAGAAAUGAUUAACAAAACAUUUUAAUAUUAACUAACAUUAUAUCAAUUUUGCUAAAGACAUCUCAAAUUCAUCGCUUCUUGUUUACAAGGCAAUAAGUAUAUCAAUUUUUUGGGUCAUAUUAUUUAAUAGCAUUUUUUUUAUUUACAAAUAAAUGUAGGUCUUUCUGUA